GGGCCGGAUCCCCGCACCGCACCGCGACCCCCGCUUCCGGGCGCGGCGCUGGGGGUGCAGUUCCGGGGGCGCGGGGAUGGGCACCGCUCAGAGCCGGGGCCGCUCCGCCGUAAGGAGUAAUUCCUAACGCCCACCGACGCCUCCGCACGGAGCAGGCCCCCGCAGGGCCCGAGGGUUGCGGGGCCGCUCCCGGGGCCGCCGACCCCCGCCCCAGCCCCGACCCCGCUGUGCGCGGCGCUGCUGCCCCCUGCCGGCCAGGAGACGCGCCGCUUCGUUACUACGGACGCUCCGCGGCACGUGACGCUGAGGCGCCGCGCGGGGUGAUGACGUAAUCGCGGCGCCACGUCGGCUCUGCAGCCAAGAUGGCGGCGGCGGAGGGGAGUGGAGCGGCGGCAGCGACCGAGCCGCUGUUUGCAGGGCUGGCAGAUGUGUCGAUAUCUGAGGAUAUCCCAGUGGAAGGGGAGAUCACUGUUCCUGUUGGGUCCAACUCCCCAGAGGAAGAUUACUCCACGCUGGAUGAACCUGUCAGGGAUACCAUUCUGAGAGAUCUGAAGGCUGUUGGGAAGAAAUUUGUCCAUGUCAUGUAUCCCAAAAAGAGCAGCGCACUCCUCAGAGACUGGGAUCUCUGGGGGCCUUUGGUGCUUUGUGUCUCACUUGCUCUGAUGCUGCAGGGGAGAUCAGCGGAUAGCAAGGAAGAUGGAGGGCCGCAGUUUGCCGAGGUCUUCGUCAUCAUCUGGUUUGGUGCAGUUGUCAUCACACUAAACUCAAAGCUUCUUGGAGGAACUAUAUCUUUUUUUCAGAGCCUGUGUGUUCUGGGUUACUGCAUCCUGCCCCUGACGGUGGCAAUGCUGGUGUGCAGGCUGGUGCUGCUGGCAGGUUCCGGCACUGUCAGCUUCAUUAUACGCCUGAUUGUAGUGAUUGCUAUGUUUGCUUGGUCAACGUUAGCAUCUACAGCCUUCUUGGCAGACAGCCAGCCUCCGCACCGCAAAGCACUCGUAGUGUACCCCAUCUUCCUCUUCUACUUCGUUAUCAGCUGGAUGAUUCUCACCUUUACACCUCAGUGAUGCCCAAUCGGGAGACUGUGUGACACAGCCUGAAGUUUUACACCAACACUGCAGAUGAUCAUUGGCUUUAUCUCUUGUUAGUUUAAAUAUGGAGAUGGUCUAAAAAGGCUGCUUGUGGGAUAAAGCCAGAGAACUGCAAGACUGAUUGCGUGUUCUUGAAAGAUACGGAAGUCCAGCUAUUGAGUCUUUUGUUUAAUUAACCCUGCUCUUUAGUUGUGUUGAAUGAGAAAUGCACACUGUGACAGGGAAUACUCUGCCUGAGGAACAGAGGGAGAGAUCUUGGAACUUCAGGAGUCUUGAUAGGUGAAGUAACAGGAUCACACUGCCUGGCAGGGUUCUUGCUUAUGCUUGGAUUCUUGCUAGGGUGAACAUGCCUUACAUUGCUGUUAUGUGUUGGGUGGGUAAGGAAGAAUGUGUUUGAUUCCUGUUCUUUUUCAAUCACUGACAGAAUAGUGAAAUGUGUAUAAAAUGCAUCACAGGACUGUAAGCUUUCACUUUGAAAUCAGAUCUCAGCAAAAAAUAAGUUGGGUCCAGUUUGCUGUUAACUAGAGUUGGGCAGAAGGGACUGCCUUUGCUCCUAUUAAUGUUCUCUGUAUUUAUGUUUUACCCGCUUCAGCGUCAAGAAGGUGUGUUUUAGCCAAGUGUUUUGAACUCUGUGGCUACACUGACUAAUCCAUACAUCCAAUGAGAGAUUAAGUAGAUAGUUAUGAAUCUUUUCGUGUUCCUCUGGAUUAAAAAGUCCUGGGGAAACAGCAAAGGCUGCUUUGCAGGAGGGGCCUACCUAGUACUUUAUGUAGCGACUAGAAAUGGAAGUAGAAGUGUCUGGGGAGCACCGAGUGCAUCUCGAGAAGUUGAGAUUUUGAUAGGUGAAGCAUUCAGAUGGUAACGUACCAAACCAGGGCAUGGCUCCAAAAGUUUUAAAAUGAGUUGGUUGGAGGAAGGGAAAAUAAAUCUGCUGGUAGCUGUUAUGGAAUAGGGUACAAAUUCUGAUCUUGAUUGCUUGUACCAUCCAUUCACUUGGUUGUUUACCUGGUUGGUGUUUCCACAGAAAUGCAAGCAAAUUUUGCUGAUUGUUCCUUUGUACCUUAAAUGAAAUGUGAGAAACUUUUCUAUAUUUUCUUUCCCAACACUUUUUAUAAAAGGAGAGGGGGAGGUUUCCUUCUCCAGUAGGAUAUCUCCUGCCUGGAGAACCAUGCACAAACAUUGUAAGUGUCUAAUUUAUAUUUCAGCAUAGGGAUUGAGUGAGAGCUGGCGCAUUGCUUGCUGAAGAUUGUACAGAAGUUCUUUAUGUUGCCUGCUGUUCUCAGUAAGCAGUCCCAGGGGGGAACUUUGGAAUGCUUCGGGGGUGGAAAAGCUGCUGUUAAAAUGUCUUUUUUGGUGUUUGUUUUUUUUUUCUUUCUGAAAAUGGGCUUUGGAUUUUCUUUCUCCUGUACUAAUGCAAAGAGACCUGAAACUGAUGUAAGUGGGUCCUGUUAAAGUGUAAAUACACCUAAUAUAUAUUUAUAGAGAAGAGUGCUGUUUCUCCUAUAAACACUACAAAUACUUGGUAGUUGGGAUGGCAUUAUUAUAUGUACUGAGAGUGUGGGGAAGAGGAAGGGAAGAGAUCAGGUAACUGGGAGCUCUGGAUUAUUGCAGGGAAGGCAGCAGUAGGUACGUGGGGCUGAGGGUGGCUGUGUGCCUGCUGGGGCUGUGAGUGCUGCUGGAGGAGCUAAGUGCUUCAUAUACUCAAGUGUCAAAUGAAGGUGGGAAUUCUUUUAAACAUCCAUUAAAUUAUUACUUUUAA